AUGGUUCGAUUCUUGUGUAACGCGGUUCUAGCCGCCUCGCUUAUGGGUGGAGUCUUUGCUCACCCAGGUCAAGAUAUCCAGGAAGAAAUGAUUGAGCGUAACGCCUAUGCGGCAUCGCCCGAUUAUCAAAAUUUGGAUCACUGCGCUGCCGAAAUCAAAGAGAGAGAUCAUGAGUUGGUUGCACGUCGUAUGGCAAUGGUCGACGAAUUGCGCCAGAAGCGAGGAAUAAAGGUCAAGAGAACCUUCGCUGAGGUGUUGGCUAAGAACCAUCAAUCCACAAAAAAGGUUACUGCAGAUAGCCCAUACUCAACUAUCUUUGGGUCUAACAACUCUUGCAUUCUUCAAGCAGAGACUACUGAAGGUCCUUACUGUAAGUCUGCAUCAUAAAUCUUGAAGCUUGUAUUGACUAAUUUCUUUAGAUGUAACCGGGGAAUUUGUCAGAAAAGACAUCACUGAUGGUCAAAGAGGUGUGCCAUUGACAUACGACAUUCAGGCAUGUGUUCGGCUCAAGUACUAGUGACGACAGUAGCUAACCGUGCUGUUCCUGAAAUAGAUCAUUGACACAACCACCUGCAAACCCCUUGCAAAUGUUGCUCUUGAGCACUGGUCCUGUAACUCUACCGUAAGCACUUCGUCAACCACUCUCUUAUGCCAUAGCUUCUAACCAAGAAUAGGGCGUUUACGGUGGUGUUGUUAACCCGAGCAACGGAAACCCUAGAGAUAGCAGCAACUUGAGGAAUACCAUGCUUCGAGGGACUCAAUUUACAGACAGCUCUGGAAUCCUACAAAUGGAAUCCAUAUUCCCAGGUCACUACAAUGGUCGUGCCACGCACAUUCACAGUAAGUACUCCCCACAUUCACAACCACUCCAAGUACCAAGAGAAGGUCAAUCUAACUGAAUCCUAGUUCUUGCACACGUUGGAGCGACCACCGCGGCAAACGGGACGCUCACUGGAGGACACAUCUCCCAUGUUGGCCAACUCUUCUUCGAUCAAUCCCUCAUCACGAAAGUCGAAGCUACAUCUCCUUAUACCACCAACAGACAGUCUUUGCUAACAAACAGAAAUGAUGGAAUAUUUGCAGAUGAGGCAGCGAGGAGCGACCCAGUGAUGAAUUAUGUGUUGCUCGGUAACUCUGUUUCUCAAGGCAUUUUCGGUUGGGCCACAGUCGGGAUUAACUCCAGGACCUCAAAGACUGUUGUACCAGCUGGGCAUUAUGAUGGAUGA